CUCUGACAGACAGUGGAGGUUCACAGCACCACCCUGCACCCAGGUACCUGAGGGGUGUCCACUGAGCCAGUGAGUCCCUGUGUGUCCCUGUGUGCCCCCGCUGCUCCCUCCCAGCAGAGAUGACGUUCUACGAUGGCAUUUAUCCAUUCUACCCCAGACAAAGGACCCCCUUCAUCUUCAGUCUGGACCUGCUCACUGUAAUCCUGGUCUUCUUGGUCCUCGCCGGCACUUUCUGCCUGAUUCUUCCAGGGAUACGGGGAAAGUCAAGGCUGUUCUGGAUGUUCAGAAUACUUCUCAGUUUGUUCAUAGGUGCAGUAAUAGUGGCUGUCAAUUUCUCGAGGGACUGGGCCACAGGCGGCGUGAAGGCCAACACCACUUACAAAUCCUUCAGCAGCGCUGUAGUACAUGCUGAUGUUGGCCUCUGGGUCGGAUUGUCAGGAAUCAACGUGACGCUCAAGGGAGAUCCUGUGAACCAGCUGAAUGAGACCAUAAACUACAAUGAGAUGUUCCAGUGGACCAAUAUCUUGGAUGAAGACUAUGCUGAAGCGUUGGAGAGGGGUCUGCCCAGUCCCAUUCUAUACAUAGCUGAGAAGUUCACCUUGAACAGUCCCUGUGGUCUCUACCACCAGUACAGAUACGCGGGACGAUACACUUCUGCCACCUUGUGGACUGCAUUCUGCUGCUGGCUCAUUGCCAACAUCCUCUUCUCCAUGCCUGUCAUCUUCUACGCUGGUUGUAUGAUGGUCACCACGGGAGCAUUCAUCUUCUUCUCCUUGGCCUCCUUUGCCACCAUACAGAACAUCCCUCCAUGUAAUUUCACCAUGGGUGCGGUCUCCAUGGAGGCAGGAUUUGGCAGCUCCUUCUGGCUGGCGCUGGUAGUAGGUCUUCUCUGCACACUUCUUGGCUUGCUUGUGGUCAUACUGGAUUCUGUGGUACCCGAGACGCUGAGGGAGGCCUUUGGCGUGUCUGGUGAUGUCGAAGGUGAACAGCCUGCUUUGGGGAAGCAAUAUCUCAACCCCGGUUUUGUUGAAGGAAAGGACAUUAAUACCCACCUGCAUGGUGACUUCAAGGUCUCGGUGUGA